AUGUUGAAAAAAUUGAGAAAUGGAUUGAAGCAUAGUUUACAUGUUAAAUUUGAGGAGAAAAUUGAUGCUAAUAAGGACAAGUGGAGUCAAGUCAAAGUUCCAGGAUGUUUUGAAAUUGGAGUUUUCAAUUUCUAUAUGGAUAAUUACUUGUAUUACGAUACAGAAAAGAAGAAAUUUUCUGUUUCUAAUUAUGAAUUUAAAGAUAAGAGCAUGAUAAAGGUUAUAACUCCAGUACAAGCUCAUCCUCCUAUUGGAGAAUGCAUCAUUUCGGAGGGUUGCAGUUUCAGAAUCAUUAAGGAUCCAAUCAUGUUAGAAAAGAGUAAGGAAGAAAUAAGACUACGACAAGAUAUUAUCAAUAAUUAUUGGAAUAUUUACACUGCCACAGAUAUUAAAGAUGAUUAUGAUGUAAAGCCAUACUUUGAUAUGAGCAAUAGAAUAGUACUGAACUAUGAUAAUUCAAUUUCAGAUUUAUUUCCUUUCAUGGAUUUACCAGAUGAUGCAGAUAACAAAAACUUCUUGUAUUUGGAUGGUAAUAGAACAAUUAAUGGAUGGGAAGGAACUAUAUAUGGAUACAAUAAGGAUUGUUGCAUGGGUGUCGGGAAAUUCAUAUUGAAGAAAGCAUAA